AUCGCUACAUCAAAUUCACCACCAACAUAUCCUGAAGGUCUAUCCGCCGGGCUUAUUUCAGUUCUAGAUGCAUGUUUUGCUCGUAAUCCAAUCGAUCGUCCAACAGCUAAUCAAUUAUUAACCUUUAAGAUAUUUGCUGAUCUUAUUAGUCAACAAGUGGUGACUUCAUCGAUAGAUGAAGAGAAGACGCAACAACCGCAACCACCACCGCCGCCACCACCACCACAGCCCUCCGCUCAACCUCAACCUGUACAGAAACAAAAAGAACCAGUGCCACUACAAUCGUUGCAUUCAUCAUCAUCAUCUCUAAAAGCUAUCAUUACAUUGAAUACAAGUAAAAAUCGUGAUAAAACAUUAAAAUCUCAGAUGAACACGACAAAAUCAAAUACAAAAUCAUCGUCAACAUCAUCAUCGUUUAGUUAUCAGCGUUUUUUAAAAACAUUCCAAUCUAAUAAAAAUAGUCCUUCAUUAAAUCAUAAAAAAUUCAUUCGACUUCAUGAAGUACUUCAAGAAAGCAAAGAAGAAUAUCAGCGAAAACAACCUCAAGAGGAUAUGAUAAUGAUAGUAGGUAAAUGUGAACGUCAUCAACAAAUGCCGAUUACUUCACCAUCUGAUGAGAAUUCAAAAUGUAUUCGUCAACUUUCGGAUCAUCAUCAUCAACAACACCAGCCUCAACACCAACAACAGCAACAGCAAGAAUCCAAUCAACAUGUUGAUGAUACUGUCCUGCUGACUAGACGACAAAAAUUUCGACGACCAACUUUACCUGGUCUCAGUUUUCAUAGAAAAUAUCGUUCACGUACACCGGUGGCUAUUUCAUUUAAUUAGACAAAAUUCAUUUUGCUGAUGAUGCAAUCUACACACCCACACACACAGAGGUACGCAUCGAAUUUCAUCCCAAAAAUGUUUAACAUUUCCUAGG